AUGCUGGACGGCCUGAAAAUGGAGCAGCCUCUGCCCAGCGCUCUGGAGCCGCCGCCGGCCCCCUUCCCGUCCCUGCUGGGGGGAGCCGGGCGGCCGCGCUCGGUGUGCGAAGGCUGCCGGGGCGUCAUCGCGGAGCGGUUCUUGCUGCGCCUCAACGAGUCGCUGUGGCAUGAGCGGUGCGUGCGCUGCGCCUCGUGCCAGGAGCCCCUGGAGAGCACCUGCUUCUACCGCGAGAAGAAGCUCUACUGCCGCCUGGACUACGAAAAGCUCUUUGCAGUAAAGUGUAGCAGCUGCUUGGAAGCCAUCGCCCCCAGCGAGUUCGUCAUGCGAGCCCAGAAGAGCGUGUACCAUGUGGGCUGCUUCUGCUGCUGUGUCUGUGAUAGGCGGCUCCAGAAGGGAGAUGAAUUUGUCCUGAAGGAGGGGCAGCUCCUGUGCAAGAGCGACUUCGAGAAGGAGCGGGAACUGCUCAGCCUAGUCAGCCCAGCUGCAUCCGAUUCCGGUAAAAGUGACGAUGAAGAGAGCCUGGGCAAAAUGGGGGCAGGCACCAGAAAAGCGUCUGAGGAGAACAAGGAUCAAAAGAGGCCCAAGCGACCCCGGACAAUCCUAACAACGCAACAGCGCCGGGCAUUCAAAGCAUCAUUUGAGGUGUCCUCUAAGCCAUGUAGGAAGGUGAGGGAAACAUUAGCAGCCGAGACAGGGCUGAGUGUCCGCGUUGUGCAGGUCUGGUUCCAGAAUCAAAGAGCUAAGAUGAAAAAAUUGGCAAGACGACAGCAACAGCAACAGCAAGAUCAACAAAACACACAGCGACUCAGUUCUGCUCAAACACACACUGGCAGUAAUGCUGGCCUCGAGGGGAUCAUGAGUUCGUAUACUACCUUGCCACCACCCCCACAGCAAACGCUGGCUAUAGAUCAAAGUGUCUAUAGCUCAGAUCCCUUCCGGCAAGGACUCACUCCACCACAGAUGCCUGGGGACCACAUGAACCCCUAUGGUGUUGAGCCGCUUUUCCACGACCUCGAUAGCGACGACACGUCCCUCAGCAACUUGGGCGACUGUUUCUUAGCAACCUCAGAAUCUGGGCCGCUGCAAUCAAGAGUGGGAAACCCCAUUGACCACCUGUACUCAAUGCAGAGCUCCUACUUUACAUCUUGA